UCCCAGGCUUUCCUAAUGGAUUCCACAGCUUCCCUAUGGAAUCCUCAUCUUGCCCUGCAGCCUGCCAUGCCCCCAUGAGUGGUCUAAGGCAUUCUUCCAUUGGGGAGGACGGUACACAUGCUCUUAUUAUCCCUGAUGGGCAAUCCCACACCUACGUAAACACAGCCAGUGGUGAAGGUGAAAUAAGGGGCCAUCAUUGUAUGCACUCCUUACCUGAAGUUCAUCCUCCGAUUGCUCAGUCCAACCAUAGCUGUUCCCUGGAGGACCGGAAUCCCCAUGUUUACCUUCAGCCAGGAGAAGUGAAGUUUGUUUUGGGCCCGAACCUGGGUUAUAGGCACAGGAUGAAAUGUGAAGGCUACUGUCGACCCCACUGGGAGUGCUCAAGACAUUUCUGCACCCCUCAUAACAACAACAACAACGAUUACAAAGAAGAGUGCCUCGCCCCCAAGUGUGUUUAUGAAAACCUCAAUGGUCUUCUGCCUUCACGAGGAACCUUACUUCGUCAGGGUAGCGGGCGCUUGAAAAUUCCUCAUGAGGACCUGAAUCCUGCCAGUUGCUCCCAUCGCCGGACCGCCCUACUGCACUAUGAGAACCUACCAUCAUUGCCUCCUGUGUGGGAGUGUCAGCCCCUAAGACGGGGCCAGGAUGAUGAGGACUCCAGUGAUGCAAUGACACCUUCCUCUGCUGGUUAUCCAGAAAUUGAAGAAGACGACCCUUUACGAAGUUACAUGAAUUCAGAAAGGGUUGCCCUACAUGGAGGCAUGCGCAGGGGAGGUUGCUUGCAACAGCGCCGCAGUUGUACCCCGAGUGUUUUCAAUUUCGACUUCUGCCGGCCCUAUUUGGAGCAGCCAAGGCAACUCAAUUAUAUCCAGGUAGAACUGCAAGAUGAUCCUUGUAAAGGGCGCCAAAGCAUACCAGUCCCCCAUGUCCCAUGUGCGGUUGCCCAUCCUGCCCACAGGACCAAUUCCUAUGCGGUCAUUGACCAUAAAAAGACAGCAGCCAUGUCCAGCUUGCAGAGAGCACUGCCUAAGGACGAUGGGACUUCCAGGAAAACACGACAUAACAGCACUGACCUGCCUCUGUAAGAAGAACAUUCAACCCAAGCACCUCAUUGUGGCUUUUGUAUCUGCUCUUCAACAAGUCAUGUUACAUAACUGCCAUUUUUUCAUUGUGCUCCCUGUUACUCUGUGUGAGUCACUGGAAUAGUUUCAUCAAGUUAAUUUAAGAAAUGUAGCCUAUCUGUGCCUCUUCCGAGCCUCCUAUUCCUCUACCAUGUACUUUCUGAAGCCCUGCCAUGUGCUUGAUUACUUGACGGGGCUGAUGACAGGGUGGGUAAUGGUGCAGUUGGAGUGUGAAGGCUAGGGAAACUCCGUUUAAUAUUUAUUUUUGAACAUACACAAAUGAUAUUUAUUUUCAAAUUUUGCAUUAAUUUAUUUUUCAGAGAUGCUGGUAUUUGUUUGUUUAUUUAUUCACGUUAAAGUGCCCAGUAAAUGUAACACUGAAUUGCUUUGCAAUUAAUUCUUUUCUCCAUGAGAAUCAGGAAAGCUCCAAGAGGGGAGGAGUUGAAUCAUAUUUUAAAAACAAAUGCAAGGCUAGCCACCAAAAGGCAGAGCAGAGGAGGAGAUUCAGACUAUCAGAGGUAGUAAUGCAUGCAAGAAUGGUUCUAAACCCAUGUGGUCCCAGGGAUGGCUCAACACGCUGGCAAAGCUGAUCUUCCCAGCUCCAAUUUCUGACUGUGGUAUAUCUCAUAAUAUGCCUCCCUUCACCCUCAAGAGUAGGAAAAAAACAUGGAACUAUAAAUUCCCAACAAAUCCUUGGUAAAUGUUUUUAAUUGUUGCUGUUUGCCUAACAGUUUGGG